GAUAUGCCUGUGUUUUUUGGUUUCUCACAGAGAUCUUUAUUACCACUGUUACUUAAUAAUCCUUUUUAUUGCAUUAGGUCCUUCAAAUGAUUUCAAGUAUGGUUUGAUGCCUGGUGCUGCAAAUGAUUUCAAGUAUGGUUUGAUGCCAGGUGCUGCAAAUGAUUUCAAGUAUGGAUUAUUGCCAGGUACUUCAAAUGAUUUCAAGUAUGGAUUAUUGCCAGAAUCUUGGCCAAAACAAGAAACUUGGGAAAAUGGUGAAUCAUCUCUAAUCAUGAACAAGUUGAAAUGCCCUCAUUGUAGCUAUGUAGCCAAAUACAGACGAACACUAAAAAGACACUUGCUCAUUCAUACGGGAGUGAGAUCAUUCAGCUGUGAUAUUUGCGGAAAGCUGUUUACUCGAAGAGAGCAUGUCAAAAGACAUUCCCUGGUGCAUAAAAAGGAUAAAAAAUACAAAUGCAUGGUAUGUAAGAAGAUCUUCAUGUUAGCAGCCAGUGUUGGAAUAAGGCAUGGAUCUCGGCGCUAUGGUGUUUGUGUAGACUGUGCAGAUAAAUCACAACCAGGAGGGCAAGAAGGUGUGGAUCAGGGACAAGAUACAGAGUUUCCUCGGGAUGAAGAAUAUGAAGAGAAUGAAGUAGGAGAAGCUGAUGAAGAGCUGGUUGAUGAUGGAGAAGAUCAGAAUGAUCCGCCUCGAUGGGAUGAAGCAGGAGAUGUGUGUAUGUCUCUAGAUGACUAACUGACCUACUAUACUCCUCAAGGAUGCUGCAUUUGGACAUCAUAUGAAUCGACAAUUUGGAUUGUUGAACUUGAAGGCUUGCAAAAUAUGGUACAUGCUGGAUGAGUUAGUUAACAUUGCUGUGAAAACUAGGGUCAAAGCCUUAUAGCAAAAAAAGCAAAAACAAAAAAAAAAAACUUUUUUUUAAGUAUUUGCACAGGACUGUACAGCAGACAACCAUGUGGUUGGAUUACAUGGAGUCCCCACAUACUCAGUCAGUUAUCAAAGUUAAAUAUUUUUUAUUUAUAGGAUAUACAGUAACUAUUUGGGUCCUUUGGAAAUAUAUUUACCUGUCCUUACAGAGCUUACUCUUCAUGUGCCACUUCCACAUGAAUGCAGAAAAUCCAUUUAUGGAAGUACAGCGACAGUUGACCCAAUCAGUCUGUCCAUCAAACCACUCAGGCUAGUUUUUACUAGUAGAGCUUUGUUUCUAUUUUUAUUUUUAUUAAUUUUAUUUUUUUUAAUACAGAUUUUCAGUGAGGGGCUUUUUCAACCCCAUUGGUUCUAUUUUCUUGUAUUUUACAUUUUAAUUUGUUCCAUAACUUAAACCAAGACUCUGGUAUUAUUUCUCAGUUUUGUGCUGAUGGGCAUGUUUAUAAGAACUGGAGAGGUAAUUUAUUGGAAUGAACUAACUGACUUCCCCCACUCCCUUUUUCCUUUUUGACAUGAAUUUUACUACUUCACAAAUGAAGAGAAUGAUGAUGCGAAGUUGACAAAUACCACUAAAAUGAUUAUGAUUUAGAAGUAACUUUCUCCUGCUGCUCUAAUCUGAUAAAUGGUUACUAUAUGAUGUCUUCUGACAUGAUAUUCGGUUUUGGGUAUCUGUUACUUUGGCACUAUUCUUGUUUGCCUCAUUAUUUUUGCCAGUGUACUAUACCUCAGACUUAUUGCAAAGACAGAAAUAUAAUUGAAAGAAAAGUCAUAGAAACAAUAAUUAAUUUGUUUUGUAAUUUAUGCUCCAUGUCCAGUUUGGUUAGCUUGUUAUGCAAUAUAAGUGAAAUAUCAGGUUUUUUAUUCCUGUGCCCUUUUAUCAUUAAAAUUAACACAAAAUGUACAUUCUCUUUUGUUUCAUAUUUGCCAGGAUAUCCAGUGUUUUGAAAUGAUGGUUGAUAAAGCUAGUUUAUUUUUCUAUUCCUUAAAAUCAGUAUCAUCUUUAUAUAGUAUUUGUUUUCACCCUGAUUCGACAGUCUGCAAGAAUCUCACAGAUAAAAUAAUGAGAGGCUUUAUUCUAUUGACUAAAUUCAGGGUACAAAGAGUGAUAUAUAAGUUGAAAUUGCUAGAGAUAUAUUUAGCCUGGUGGCAAAUGAAUUAGCUGAUCCAUGGAAAUCCAAGCAACAUUUCAUGUACUAACAUGUACAACAUUUAUCAGGAGCAUAUUGUACAUUGUAAGAUUAAGGAACGUCAUAUUUUCAGUUUUUGUUUUUACAUGAAAAUAGACUAUUUUCCUAUUUCAUAUCAGGUAACUAAAUUAUCCUAGUUGUGUGGGAAAAUUUGCAAAGAUGCGUUGACAGAUACAGUCCUCUUGG